GGCAAAUACAUGACUCUGACGUCAGCCGUGUGUGGUAAAAAAAUAAUCGACGAUGGACGAAAAAAUGUGAAUGCAUGCGACGGGCGCGCGCACAAAACAACGAUUAGGUAAUCGCGACCUGUUUGUCGUUUCCAUGUUCGAUUUUCGACGUUCGCGCGACAAUCAAAUGAUGAAUGCAUGCACGGAGGCGCUGGCGAUCGCCGUCAUCAUCGGCGCAAAUAAGUUGUUUGUUAGUAUUUCGCCGCAGAUGUGCGAAUGUUGCGUUAGACCUGACCAGACAAGGUCGUCAGCUGGACCCGCAUCAGCGUCUCACAUUACACAUCAAUCGAAGGAAAAAGCGAUGAUGAUUAUAUGCCGUCAAUUGUAAUACUUUUAAGUGUGCGCUAUAAAAAAGAGAGAUUCUUUUUUCUUCGUGGAAGUUGGAUGUACAAGGCGCCAGUUGGAAUUUCGCCAAUUCCGGAUUCGUUCAAGGUGCUGCGACCGAUUGAAAGAGAAAUUUCGAUUUCAAUGCGAAGCUUGUUUUCAUCGGAAGAAUUAUGUAUACCUAAUUCGAUUCGCGAAUCGUUGAAAUUUAUAAUUCGCAGCGAUUCGAAAUCCGCGUUGAAUCGCAUUCGCGCACCAGGAAUUCCUUCAAUCUCUUUUCGAUUCCCAGAAUGCACGCACAACUUCUCUCCAUUAGUAAAUCACGAUGCGUAACUGGCAUACCUGGGCUUCCAACAAUGUAGCAUGUAGCACACUACUUCGACUUCCCCUUCGAAACACCAUAAAUAUUCGAUACGCGCAGAUAAACUCGAGGUAUCGAUAAUUCGCCGAUAGAAAUCAACAAUCCACUUAGUAUUUAAUCGUCGUCCGCAUUUUAAUUUUUAUGUCAAUCGUUGUCGAAAAUCGAAAUAUCAAGGUUUGUACAUGAGUACAUAUACUUGAAACGCUUCUAGGAAGGAAAUAUAUUUUUUAUAAAAAAAAAUAACACUGCCAUAUUUGUGCGCCUAGAAGUAUCGAGUCGUUCAUGUCUGUGUUUACGCUGUAAACACAAUUCCAAGAUAACAAAUCAAAAUCAAAAGCCGGAAAAGAACACACCGAACACAACGUCGUCGUUCGAGACGGUGCCGUGGAAGCCCGUUCAACAUUCCAGCAAGGUCGUCGUCAUCCGCUGAUUCACUUCAUUCACGAUCGCAGGAUCGCAUUAACGAGCGGGGUAAUUUGCGCGGCGAACAAAGCGCGCCUCACUCGACUCGACGUUUCGGCUAAUUGCACGAGCCGGGCCUGCCGUGUGUUUGUCGCGACGCUUAACGGCGAGGAUCGUCAUCUAUUAAGUUGUUUAAGAAGUGGACUUUUUGGGUGCAGCAUUGGCCACACAAGAAAUAGCUUUAUCAUCCGCUGCGCCGCAUAAACAAGUCGGCGUUAAGAAAAAUCACCAAAACAAUGCGACGCAGUAAUAAGACGGCGGGAACUGUGCCAAAUUCGCGAAACAAUGCAAACGCUACGUAUUUUUCGCAUUUUUUAAAAUUAUUUUCCUCAAAGCAGAAAGUUUAAAAUCUGUUUUUGGUACAAAUUUUGUGGAUGUGGAUUAUAUCAGCUUAGGAUGUAGAGUUUUGAAGUAGUUUAGUGUUUGAGGGGUGGAUCGUAGGUCGGUAACUAGAGUGAUUUAAGUUUUUUUGUUGCUUGUCCUUGCCGAAAACUGACCUAGCACAAUGUGAGCGUAGUUGCGGUCCCUUUUCUUGCAAUUUGUCUCGUUGGGUUGCGCGCGUUUUUGUCUGCCUGCCAGCCCUGUUCGUCACGCAGAUUUCCGUGUUGCGAACAAGCAGUUCGGUCACCACAUUGUCACACGAUGCCCCAAUCUUGAAAUAAUAAUAAUGCCAACAAUAGCACGCGGACAAUGGCAGCCUGUGCGACCGGUGCCCGCAUUUUCGGCUCUUUCGGGCAUUUCGGGCAUCUCGUUACGCUGUGGCCAUUCUUCCAGCGGAUCGGCUGCAAACUGGGCGCCCAUUAUUAUCUGCCGACCGAGCACACGCACACACAGCCACCGCCGGCUAUAAUAAUACACGCGCAUUAAAAGAUAAUCGCGCUGUGGUACCCGUGGGCAAAAAGGUGAUGUAUUAUUGGGAAUCGGGAAUACAUCUCGCUCAGUCGACCCGCUGUCGUCGUUCCGAGCGGUGGCCGCAAACGCCUCCUUUGUCGCCGCGCCCGCCGACAGACUUACGAACGUAAUAAAAACGCAUUCCGAAUCGCGGCGGCUAAAAAUACACGCGUGUGUCGUGUUUGAACGGCGGCGCGCCCGUCGAGUGCGCGAGUGCCGCCUAGUCGCGACUGAUACUCCCGUCCGAUGCUUCCGCCGUGAGAGAAGUGUGUCCAAGACCCGCGACCCGUCCGUCCGUGUGCCCAUAUCCGUGGAUGGACGAAGAUCCGCGCCGAUCGCACCGAUCGCCCUGCUAAUUCCGGACCAGUUUGCAGCGCGCGUGUUAUUUAUGUGUUUAAUUAUUCAGUUUGUCCUUCAAUGUCUCAGAGGAUACGGAUACGGAGAGGAUUACGGCGACCGAUACCAACUCAAAGAUGAAUUAUGCGAGGUGGUCAACGAGAUGGAGGGCCUCGACUGCGGCGAGGACGGAAAGAAAGGGAACAAGACCAAGAUGAUGUCGAUCGGCCGGAAGAAGUUUAACAUGGACCCGAAGAAGGGCAUCGAGUACCUGAUCGAAAACGGACUGCUCCAGCAGACGGCUGAGAGCGUCGCGCAGUUUCUGUACAAAGGCGAGGGCUUAAACAAGACCGCCAUCGGGGACUACCUCGGCGAGAAGAAUGAUUUCAACGAGAAGGUCCUGCAGGCCUUUGUGGCGCUGCAUGACUUUGCCGAUUUAAUCCUCGUUCAAGCCUUAAGGCAAUUCCUCUGGAGUUUUCGACUGCCUGGCGAGGCGCAGAAGAUAGACCGCAUGAUGGAGUGCUUCGCGAAGCGGUACUGCGAAUGCCAGGGCGACAAUAAUAUCUUCGAGAAUUCCGACACGUGCUACGUGCUGUCGUUCGCCAUCAUUAUGCUCAACACGUCGCUGCACAAUCCGAGCGUAAAGGACAAGCCGUCUACGGAGCAAUUCAUAAGCAUGAACCGCGGCAUCAACAUGGGCCAGGACCUGCCGCGCGAGCUCCUCGUGGGAUUGUAUGAGAGCAUCAAGGCGGAGCCGUUUAAGAUCCCCGAGGACGAUGGUAACGACCUGAUGCAUACUUUCUUCAACCCGGACAAGGAAGGCUGGCUGUGGAAACAAGGCGGACGUUACAAGAGCUGGAAGCGGCGCUGGUUCAUCCUCAAUGACAACUGCCUGUAUUACUUUGAGUACACCACCGAUAAAGAGCCGCGGGGUAUUAUUCCGCUGGAAAAUAUCUCUGUACGCGACUGCACCGACCGCCAAAAACAGCACUGCUUUGAGUUGUACGCGAGCGGCGGAGCUGAGUUUAUCAAAGCGUGCAAGACGGACUCCGAGGGCAAGGUGGUGGAAGGCAAGCAUCAGGUGUAUCGCAUGAGCGCCAGCAACGAUGACGAAAAGAACGAUUGGAUGCAGCGGCUGUUGCAGAGCAUCAGCCACAAUCCCUUUUAUGACAUGCUCGCCAAUCGCAAGCGAAAGGCGCAGUACAAUCACGCCAAGAACUAGGCGGCCAGAUGCGCCGUGAAUUCAACUGUGAUCAUCACAUUUAAAGUUUAAUUUUUUUGUUUGUUUUGUUACGUAGUGCUUGUACUUUUCUAUCGUCUCUUUUGGUACGAAUGCGUCGCGUGAAGUCACUAGUCCCAUUAUUCGGAGGCGCGCGCGCUUCUCGCCGAUUGGUCCUAGUAUAUUUGUAAAAUAUGAUGAAGAAGGAGAAAAAGUAUUCGUUGGUAGUGUAUCAUAGACACACGACACAUGCUCACGUGUAAGUAAUUCUUGUCGGUGCGUGUUUGUAUAUCAUGAACGUAUGUAGCUGCUCGUGGCUCGAAACGUACAAUUCUGUAUAUUUAUUCUGAUUGCAAUUCUAUUAUUUCGAGAACGAGCUCACCCUGUGUGAAUGACUGAGAGUUUCUAAAUCCGGGCGUAAGGUUGUAUAUACUAUACAUAUAUUAUAUAUUUAUAAUGUUUAAUAAGAAAUUCUAUUAUUAUUGUAAUGCUAGUUAAAAUUACGAUUGGUUGCCGAAGCUAUGCGACAAUUGACGACAAAUGUCUCCAACGAAAACGCAGACUUCGCUAGACUGAAGUCUCAAUUCAGUGUCUUUGUAAUCUGUUAGGUGUUAUUAAUGAAUGGUAUGAUGAUGAUGAUGAUUUUGUACCCGCGCGUCGAAGAUGCAAUUGUGAUGACAAAUGAUUCUAAAAUGCAAGCCGACGAAAUCUCAAAUACGUAUUGCGUCGCUGUAUGUACGGGACGGCGCGAAUUGUUUCGUCUACGGUCAAAAUUUCUGUUCCAUAUCGAUGAUUUGUUAUCAUAUUAGGCAGGCGUAAAUUAAUUUAUUUAUAUUUCUAUCCGAUAUGUAAAAACUGAAAUUAUGAA